AUGGGGGACAUGAGACAGUCCAUCAGCGACGGCGGGGGCGGCGGCUCCUCCGCCUCCGGCAGCUCGCCCGCCACGGCGCCGUCGCUGGCCACGUCCCGCGAGGAGGACGGCGAGGCCGACGGCGACGACUCCAAGCGCGACAGCGCCGCCUCCUCGGACCGCAGCCCCGGACAGAGCUUCCUAAGGUUCAAUAGUCUGCAGCCGCUGCCGCUGGCGCGGCCCGACAGGCCGCACAGCCUGUCCACGAGCAGCCUGCCCGAGAAGAACGGCGCCGCCGUCACGCCCACCGCCUCCUCGGCGCCCACCCGCCAGACCACCGGCAGCUACGACGGCGAAGGCACUCCGACCAAGAGCAACCAGCGCUGGCUCAAGCUGCGUACCACGGUGCAGUUGUCGAGCGCCAUCUCCACCUCCGCGCAGAAGAAGCCGCCGCUCAAGCGCGAGGACUCCUUCCUGAAGCGUUUCUCCACCCGCCAGAUCCCAGAGACGCAGGAGACGGUGGACACGGGCGACGACGGCGACGGCGGCUCCAGGCGCGGCCAGCAGCGCCUGCCGCGCACCGUCGUCAACCCGGACGAGAACUUCUACUUCUACUGGCUGAUGCUGCUCACCGUCUGCGUGCUCUACAACCUGUGGACGCUCAUCGUGCGGCAGAGCUUCCCCGAGCUGCAGCAGCGCGCGCCCGCCUUCUGGCUCUCCUGCGACUCCAUUAGCGACGCCGUCUUCCUGCUCGACGUCGCCGUCCAGUUCCGCACAGGUUACCUGGAGCAGGGCCUGAUGGUAUACGACUCCAAGAAGCUGGCGGGCCACUACCUGCGUUCGAGGGCCUUCCUGCUCGACCUGAGCGCGCUGCUCCCGUUAGACCUGCUCCAGAUCAACCUGGGCACCAACCCCAUCCUCAGGUUCCCAAGGUUUCUCAAGGUGUAUCGCGUCUACGACUACUACUACAUGGUGGAGUCGCGCACCGUCUACCCCAACCUGUGGCGCGUCGUCAACCUCAUCCACAUCCUCAUGAUCCUGGCGCACUGGUUCGGCUGCUUCUACUACUUGCUGAGCGAGGCCGAGGAGUUCCAGGGCGACUGGGUGUACCCGUACCGGCCGGGGGAGUAUGCGACGCUGACGCGCAAGUACCUGGGCUCGCUGUACUGGUCGACGCUGACCCUCACCACCAUCGGCGACCUGCCCACGCCGGAGAGCAACCUGGACGAUGGAUCGCCGAACGGCCCCAAACACCUGCCCAGGCGCGGUCUCAAAUCCCGAAUACUCCAGUUCAAAUCCAACCGCGGGUACAUCUUCACCAUCGUCAGCUAUCUCAUCGGCGUCUUCAUAUUUGCCACCAUAGUGGGCCAGGUGGGCAACGUGAUAACCAACCGGAACGCUAACCGGUUGGAGUUCGAGCGGCUUCUGGACGGCGCCAAGACGUACAUGCGCCACCACAAGGUGCCGGGCGGCAUGAAGCGGCGGGUGCUGCGCUGGUACGACUACAGCUGGUCCAGGGGGCGAAUUCAGGGCGGCGGCGACAUCAACACGGCCCUGGGUCUGCUGCCGGACAAGCUGAAGACCGAGCUGGCGCUGCACGUCAACCUCAGCGUCCUCAAGAAGGUGACCAUCUUCCAAGAGUGCCAACCUGAGUUCCUGCAUGACCUGGUGCUGAAGAUGAAGGCGUACAUCUUCACACCGGGUGACAUCAUCUGCCGCAAAGGCGAGGUCGCCAGGGAGAUGUUUAUUAUUGCGGACGGCAUCCUCGAGGUCAUCAGCGAGACCGGGAGGGUGCUAACCACGAUGAAAGCGGGGGACUUCUUCGGUGAGAUUGGGAUCCUGAACCUCGACGGUCUCAACAAGCGGACGGCGGACGUGCGCUCGGUGGGCUACUCGGAGCUGUUCAGCCUCUCGCGGGAGGACGUGCUGGCCGCCAUGAAGGACUACCCGGAGGCGCAGGAGAUCCUGCAGAACCUCGGCAGGAAGAGGUUGAUGGAGGCGCGCAACAUGAACAAGCCCAAGGCUGCGGCCGGCCACGGCAGCGGCCACGGCCGGCACGGCGAGCACGGCGGCGGCGAGGCGGGCGACGACAGCGCCGGCAAGCGCAUCGUGGACCGCCUGCGCUCCGACGUCAAGGGGCUCAAGAACGCGCUGCGCAAGAGCCGCAGGGGCCACAGGUGA